ACAAGUUACUACACUAACCCUGACACUGCCCAAAGAAAGGAGAGAAAGAAUAGUUCUCAAGGUCCUAGAGAAAGCAGAGGAAGAGAGAGUCAUGCUCAGUGUCCUGCAUGGACAUUUUCCAGUGUGUGUUUUGAGGACAAAAAGUUUGGAGUAAGAGGAGAAGUCCUUCCCUGGAAGCAGAGGGUCCCAUCCCUGGGAGAAGAGUGUCAGUGGACAGCUGAGAUCCUUGCAUUGAUCCUUUUCUGUAGCGUGGUCUAGUGUGACCUGUGUAACCUACUGUCAGCAGUCUCACACCUUUCCUGAAAAUAUCUGCUGCCUGGUUCUGGGCAAGGCUAAUGAGCUGUAGCUUCAUGGCAGUUUGGACUGUACACUCCUAGGACUGUGGGAUAACCUCUAGGACAGAGCCAUGGAAGUUGUGGAUGAGACAGAGGCUUUACAACGCUUCUUUGAAGGACAUGAUAUCAAUGGCGCUCUGGAACCAUCAAUUGACACCAGUAUCCUAGAGGAAUACAUCAGUAAAGAGGAUUCUUCAGAAAUCUGUUUCCCGGACAUCCCCCCUUCCUCCAGCUAUGCAAACCCUGGUCAACCUUGUACCUCCACUGGAAUCCACGGACCUGGGGUCAUCUCAAAUUUAGGCCAUGGUGGACCAGCCAACUCAGGUGGGGUCUUCCACAUGGGUCAGCAAAUGCCAGUGCGGCCUGGUAUGAGUGGCUCAUGUGGGGGGCCUCCGUUCCAAUCACACCUCAACUGCAAUAACAACAAUGCCAUGGUCAAUCCCAAAGGAUACCAGGGGCCUCCAAUGUGCAUGAGCGGACCUGAGCUUCCUAUCAAAGCGGAACCUAAAACCAGCUAUGCAGCCGGCACUUUACCUGACUCUCCCCCGGACUCCGGAUCAGAGGCGUACUCCCCCCAGCAGCUGAAUGAUCCUCACCUGCUUCGCACUAUGACCCCAGAAAAUAUUUGUCACAUCACCCCACCUUCUCGCCUGGAGCACCCACCACCGUCUCACCUUCAAGGCCCACCUCCGCCACAUCCUGCACACCAGCAGCACUACCCUAACAUGCAACGGGAUUUGUACCUGAAAGUGGAGUCCUUGAUGCCCCCGUACCCGCCACUUGGACCUGGUAUGCCUCCCACAGUCCUCCAUCACGCACAGCAAUCUCAGAUGCUUCACCAGCUUCUCCAGCAGCAACAUGGAUCAGAGCUCCCCGCGCACCCUGCAAAGAAGAGGAAACACUCAGAUUCUCCUAAUCUGAGGGAUCAAGUACCCAGUGGAGGCAUGGUGAAACAGGAGACGGGUCUUAUGCAAGAUAAUGACAGUCUGAAUGGCUCCUACCUGGACCCGAAUUAUCAGUCUAUAAAAUGGCAGCCGCACCUACAGAAUAAGUGGGUCACCUUGUAUGACAGCAACUACAAGGAACUCCCAAUGCCUACUUACAAGGUCGACGCAGACAAAGGAUUUAACUUCUCAGUGGGAGAUGAUGCUUUUGUGUGCCAGAAGAAGAACCAUUUUCAAGUGACGGUCUACAUCGGCAUGAUCGGAGAGCCUAAAUAUGUCAAAACCCCAGAGGGCAUCCUACCUAUUGAGUGCUUCUACUUAAAACUAAAUGGUGUGAAGCUGGAGGCCAUCAAUCAAAGCAUCAGUAUUGAGCAGUCACAGUCCGAUCGCAGCAAACGCCCCUUUCAUCCAGUAACUACUCUACCUCUCUUUCUCUCUGGCCGUCUCAGGAUGUCUCUUCCACCAGAACAGGUCACUAAAGUCACAGUUGGGAGGCUCCAUUUUAGUGAAACUACAGCAAACAACAUGAGAAAGAAAGGAAAACCCAAUCCAGAUCAGAGGUAUUUUCUCCUAGUGGUGGCGCUCCAAGUUCAGGCACAGAAUCAGACAUACCUUGUUGCAGCGCAGGGAUCUGAACGCAUCAUUGUCCGGGCCUCAAAUCCUGGCCAGUUUGAGAGCGACAGUGAAGUGCUUUGGCAACGUGGUCAACUUCCAGACACUGUUUUCCACCAUGGACGUAUUGGCAUCAACACAGAGCGGCCAGAUGAAGCUUUGGUGGUUCAUGGGAAUGUCAAGAUCAUGGGCUCACUUUUGCAUCCUUCUGACAUCAGAGCCAAGGAGGACAUUGAGGAGGUUGACACCACCGAGCAGUUGAAACGGAUCUCUCAGAUGCGCCUUGUUCAGUAUCAUUACAAGCCUGAGUUUGCCAGCACGGUAGGCCUGGACGACACCGCAGAAACAGGAGUCAUUGCUCAGGAAGUUCAGGAGAUUCUUCCCGAAGCAGUAAAAGAGACUGGGGAUGUGGUGUGCUCCAACGGAGAAACUAUAGAGAAUUUCUUAGUUGUAAAUAAGGAAAGGAUAUUUAUGGAGAAUGUCGGGGCGGUGAAAGAGCUCUGCAAGCUGACAGACAACUUAGAGACUCGGAUCGAUGAACUGGAAAGGUGGAGUCGGAAGCUGGCCAAAUUCAGGAGGCUCGACAGCAUGAAAAGCAGCAACAGUCAGACUGGAAGUCAAUUCAGUCGUGCAGGGAGUAUCCCUUAUAAGCAACGUCCUUCCAAAGUCAUUGGCAAGACGACUCCAUCUCCAUCUGACCAGAGCUGUGUCAGUCAACGUUUCCUUCAAGCAACCAUCAUUGCUCUAGUAAUUAUCAUGGCUUUCAGUGUUAUCUCCAUGACGACUCUUUACGUGUUGAAUUUGCGCAGUGAAGAUGAUCUACUAGACAUGGAUGGGUCAAGUCAGAACUUUGAUACCACACAGUUGAGGAGCUCCACAACUCCUCCACUACAGACCACAGAGGGCACAGAUUGGUUGCAUAACCCAAAUCCUUCCAUUGUAAUAGACCUGUGCUUGAAUCCUCCAUGCAGUGCUUUCUGUUGCUCUACUCCUCAAAGCUCCUUCACUUCUCCGGCAGUUACAUUAGAGAAGACAGCUUCUCGUGUAGAAACUUCAAUAACAGACAACGCUUCAGCUACAACUGUCAGAAAAGCUAAAUCAAGAUUCCUGGACAAGAGUCGGAACCAUCUCCAAGCACCAGCACGUCCUGUCAGCCCUCCACCUCAAUAUACCCAGGGAAAAACCAAACACAGCCCCAACAGUCUACCAGGGCAGGACGUACGUAACAGGAGAAGCGUGAAGGAGGAAGAAACAAUAUCAACCACGGUCUCUGAUGUGACCUAUGGGAAUGGAUCUCGUGCUUCUGUUUCUUCCAUUCGGCUCCUAGAGACUGACACCCUCAUUACAGAUCAGUUAUGCGCCUCCCAAGACACCUGCAGUGCAGGGAAUUACACGUAUUUACUCCCACUGAAAAAGUACAGCUCGUUAACAGGCCCGAUUACCCUGGAGUUCAACUCCUCCACUCCUGUGUCGGUGAAUUUGUGCGAAACAACAGCCGGAAAAAACUGUCAGACGUCUGUAACCAGAAGUUCUUCCGAAUAUCAGAACUGCUCUAUGGUCUCAGGAGUCUGUGCCACCCCAGCCCCAUCAAUAUAUCACUUGUGGUCUCUACAGCUGCUUCCCACCCAGGAUUUCUCAUUCCACCUGCGAGUGUCUCCUCUGGGUGCGUCAGGCUGUUAUGACAUUGCUGUGGAUUCUUCAGAAGUUACAGACUAUUAUUUCCAUUUUUACCGACUCUGCAAUUGAUACUCAUCAAUCAGCUGGAAAAACCCCAAUUCGACCCCCCCCCCCCUCCCUCUUUGAUCCAGACACAGUUCGUGUGUCCUCCCUUGCCCCCCAUCCUCUCCCCAGACUGCAGGCAGCCACGGGGUAAUCCCACCCGUCACUGG